UCCAGAAGAUCUACACGAGCCCAUGCGUCUUGUGCGGCUCAUUUGCGCUGGAAACUGAUCAUAGUGGAAGUGCAGUAUCUUCAGCCAACUGUGACAUUCACGACGCCGUGCGCGCAGACUGGCAGGCUGCUGUACCAGCACUAUGGAGGAGAAAAACAAGGACGAUAACGCCACGAAGGGACAGGAAUCGAUGUCCUAUCAACGGAGGAUGUGGAAGAAUUUUCAAGAAAAAACCAAACCGUUUUUGAGUCCCAAAUUGGUCUCUGAACGUCGCAAUCCCGACAGUAAAAAGGAGACUGGGUUAUGGAUGUUUAAAAGGAAAAAGAAACAGUUGGACCGUGUCUUUUCGUCCUCACAGCCCAAUCUCUGCUCCUCUACCCCGUCGACUUUCCCGGGCGACCUGUCACUCGGCGGUACAGCGGUCCCUGGGAACAGCGACAACGGGCAACCUAUGCAACAGCUGCUGGGUGCGGUUGGAGUGUCGGCAAGCAAGCCAGAGCUAACGGGACACGAGUGCCCGAAGCUCAUCGUCUCCCAUUUAAUCAUGUCCCACCAGAAGAGCUCCUCUCUCGGCUCUGCAUGCUUCGAGAAGCUGGUAGUAAAAUCUGCGGACGUUGGAGAGGAGGAACAGCUCCGCAAAAACGCCAGUGAUUCUGGCAUCAACAUCGUGGAGCCAAGUAAUGCUGAGACCGCCCUUGUUACCAACCCAGGGAUGUACCAGCUGGACAUCAUACUGAAGAAAGGACACAACCUUGCCAUCAGGGACAGAGGAGGGACAAGUGAUCCGUAUGUGAAGUUUAAGAUCGGUGGGAAGGAGGUGUUCAGGAGCAAGACUAUCAAUAAGAACCUGAACCCAGUGUGGGACGAGAAAGUCAGCCUACUGGUGGACAGCCUCCGAGAACCCCUCUAUGUCAAGGUGUUUGACUAUGACUUUGGCCUUCAGGAUGACUUCAUGGGUUCGGCAUACCUCUACCUGGAGUCCCUGGAACACCAGAGGAACCUGGACGUGACCCUUGACCUUGAGGACCCCCAGUACCCCGAUCAUGACCUGGGAACUCUAGACCUGGCAGUCACGCUGUCGCCCAAAGAGGGAGACUUCAGGGAGGCUACCAUGCUUUUGAGAAGGAGCUGGAAACGAUCCAAUAAGCAGCUGCAUUCAAGUAUGCGGUUGUCAGAUGUCCACAGGAAAGCUCAGCUGUGGAGAGGUAUAGUGAGCAUCAGUCUGAUUGAGGCUCGCGACCUCCAGCCUAUGGACGCCAACGGCUUCAGUGACCCUUACGUCAAAUUCAGACUGGGCCAUCAGAAAUACAAGAGCAAGACGAUACCCAAGACUUUGAACCCCCAGUGGAGAGAGCAGUUUGACUUCCAUCUGUAUGAGGAGCAGGGGAGCUUCAUCGACAUCACCGUCUGGGACAAAGACGCAGGCAAGAGGGAUGACUUCAUGGGCAGGUGUUCGGUUGACCUGUCGCCGCUGAGUAAAGAGCACACUCAUAAGUUGGACGUACCGCUGGAGGAGGGCGAGGGCAUGCUGGUGCUGCUGGUCACACUCACUGGGGCUGCAGCAGUGUCCAUCUCGGACCUGUCGGUCAAUAUUCUGGAUGACCCACACGAGAGACACCAGAUACUACAGAGAUAUAGUGUGCUGAGGUCGUUCCACAACCUGAAAGAUGUGGGUAUGGUCCAGGUGAAGGUCAUCAGAGCAGAGAGGCUGAUGGCAGCAGAUGUCACAGGCAAGAGUGACCCCUUCUGUGUGGUGGAGCUGAGUAAUGAUCGGCUACAGACACACACCGUCUACAAGAACCUCAACCCCGAAUGGAACAAGGUCUUCACCUUCAACGUGAAGGACAUCCACUCAGUGUUGGAGGUGACGGUGUACGACGAGGACCGAGACAGGAGUGCAGACUUCCUGGGGAAAGUGGCCAUCCCUUUACUAAACAUUCAAAAUGGUGAACGGAAAGCCUACGCCUUGAAAAGCAAGGAGCUGACAGGGCCAACAAAAGGGGUCAUCUUUCUCGAAAUAGACGUGAUUUUUAAUGCUGUGAAGGCCGGUCUCAGGACGUUAAUACCCAUCGAGCAGAAAUACAUUGAGGAUGAACCCAGAGUGUCCAAACAGUUGCUGCUGCAGAACUUCAACAGAGUGAGGCGCUGCAUCCUGUUCCUCAUCAACGCCGGCUGCUACAUCAACAGCUGCUUCGAAUGGCACACGCCUCAGAGGAGCAUCUGCGCCUUCCUGCUCUUUGUCCUCGUGGUGUGGAACUUUGAACUCUACAUGAUUCCUCUGGCUCUGCUGCUGCCGCUGGCCUGGAACUAUAUCCUUGUCGCUUCGGGGAAGGACACCAGGCAAGACGUGCAAGCGAUGGAGGACUUGCUGGAGGACGAGGAUGAGGACUAUGAGAAAGAUGACAAGGUGCCUAGGCCCGGCCAUUCGGAUGACGGCCGACUGCCUGAAAGCCAUAUCCUUGUGGAUAUGUUGGCUUCCUGGCACUUUGAGUGGAUACGGGUGAUGGUGGACCCGGAGAGAAAGGGCUUCAUCAACAAGCUGUAUGCCAUCCAGGAUGUGUGCAUCAGUGUGCAGAAUGCGUUGGAUGAAGUAGCCUCCUACGGCGAGAGGAUAAAGAACACAUUUAACUGGACAGUGCCUUUCCUAAGCUGGCUGGCCAUCGUUGCACUGUGUGUGGCCACUGUGCUCAUCUACUAUAUCCCACUACGCUACAUCGUCCUGGCCUGGGGGGUGAAUAAAUUCACCAAGAAGCUCCGUGACCCGUACAACAUUGAUAACAACGAGCUCCUGGACUUCCUGUCCAGAGUCCCCUCAGAUAUACAAGUGGUGCAGUACCGAGAGCUGAAACUGGAUCUCAGUCAUAGUCCAAAUAAAAGAAAGAAAAACAACCCGGGGUAGCUGGCUUUGUCCGCCCACGGAAUCUUCCCUCCCUCAACGGCCCGACACCGAGGAGCAGAGGAAGGCUGGUCUGGACCUCCUCAACUCACUCUCUCUCUCCCUUUUUCAUCUUUUCCUCUUUCUCCCUCUUCUACUGACUUUAUAUAUAUAUAUACAUGUACAGGCUCCCGAAGUGUAAUUAUCACUGUAGAAAGAGAAAUUGUACAUUCUGAGUUUAGAGAUAAGCCUGGAUGAAAGUGGACUGGACCAUUCCAGACCCAGGUGUUUACAGCAUUGUACCAGUCUGACAGAUGUACAAGUCAUGCUCGACUGUGUGACAGUUAUGAGAUCAUCCGAAGAAGUUUCAGGCAUUUUUUCCACAAUUCCCCCAUAAGGAACAUAUCAUUUAACCCUAUCAUAGUCAGAAAGACGCCAACCAGGUAGAAUGGAAGGUCUACUUUUCCAAAUCUAAACUCCCAAAUGACCUCUGUGUGUAAGCAUGUGGAACAAUAUUCAUUAUUUUACAAAAUGUUGUAAAUAUUUUUUGUUGUAUUUACAUUUUGGAUUAAAUUAUUCUAUUUUUUGGGGUGGGGGGGUGGGGGGGGGGUGUAUUUUAAGAGUUAAAAUGUCAAUUGUCUUUUCAGUUCUUAGGCCUAUAUACAUAUCACCCUGUUCCAGUGGUCCUUGACUAUCCAAAUGAAUGAUAACUUCAAAACCUCAAAAAUCCUCUUUUAAAUGGAACCCGAGGACUGCUGCAGUCUUGCCGAUAUGCCAAUCUUCCGGUCUUCAUGACCAUCAAUAGCGCAGAUCAGUGUUUUUCUACCCAGAAACAGGGUGUCGUUUCCCCCCCAGAAGAGGCAGGCAAGUGUAGAUCUCUGCUGUGCCACUGAGCUAAUAUAGAUGUCACCCUGUGCAGACAGAAUCGCCAGGCAGGCCUUAGGCAGCCCAAGCGGUAAUCUUAUUUGAAAGGCUGGUCUCCUCUCCUCUCAUCUCCACAUGUUGCCUCAGUGGGCACACACACACUCUCCAACACUGUGCCACAGGCUGGCCGCCAUCUCCAUCUGCCCCACCUCCUGCUCAACUAUGAUCUCUCUUUCAAGGGACGAGUUUGUAUAUACGUGUAUGUGUGUGCAUGUGUCCCACUGGGGAAAAACAGUUUGAAUCAACGUUGCUUCCACGUCAGUUCAGCCCAAACAGUGCUACUCGAUGACGCUGAACCAACGUUGCUUCCACGUCAGUUCAGCCCAAACAAUACUACGCGAUGACCCUGAAUCAACGUUGCUUCCACGUCAGUUCAGCCCAAACAAUGCUACGCGAUGACCCUGAAUCAACGUUGCUUCCACGUCAGUUCAGCUCAAACAAUGCUACGCGAUGACGCUGAAUCAACGUUGCUUCCACGUCAGUUCAGCCCAAACAAUGCUACGCGAUGACCCUGAAUCAACGUUGCUUCCACGUCAGUUCAGCCCAAAUAAUGCUACGCGAUGACCCUGAAUCAACGUUGCUUCCACGUCAGUUCAGCCCAAACAAUGCUACGCGAUGACCCUGAAUCAACGUUGCUUCCACGUCAGUUCAGCCCAAACAAUGCUACGCGAUGACGCUGAAUCAACAUUGUUUCACGUCAGUUCAGCCCAAACAAUGCUACGCGAUGACGCUGAAUCAACAUUUUUCACGUCAGUUCAGCCCAAACAAUGCUACGCGAUGACCCUGAAUCAACGUUGCUUCCACGUCAGUUCAGCCCAAACAAUGCUACGCGAUGACGCUGAAUCAACGUUGCUUCCACGUCAGUUCAGCCCAAACAGUGCUACGCGAUGACGCUGAAUCAACGUUGCUUUCACGUCAGUUCAGCCCAAACAAUGCUACGCGAUGACGCUGAAUCAACGUUGCUUCCACGUCAGUUCAGCCCAAACAAUGCUACGCGAUGACGCUGAAUCAACGUUGCUUCCACGUCAGUUCAGCCCAAACAAUGCUACGCGAUGACGCUGAAUCAACGUUGCUUCCACGUCAGUUCAGCCCAAACAAUGCUACGCGACGUGGGAAAACUGAUGAAUUUGCACAAAGUCGAUCCACGACGGGGAAUUUUCAACCUAAAUCCAAUGACCAGAUGAAAUGUUUGGUUGAUUUCAGGUUAGUUGACAAUUGAACCAAAGGUAAAUCAUAGGUAGACGUUGAACUGACGUCUCUGCCCAGUGGGGUGUUUAUGGAAAGCAAACAAGCAAGCUGCACGGAGGGGGUGUGUGUGUGUGUGUGUGUGUGUGUGUGUGUGUGUGUGUGUGUGUGUGUGUGUGUGUGUGUGUGUGUGUGUGUGUGUGUGUGUGUGUGUGUGUGUGUGUGUGUGUGUGUGUGUGUGUGUGUGUGUGUGUGUGUGUGUGUGUGUGUGUGUGUGCGUGUGUUGCUGGGUGUGUAUGCUACAUGUGUGCACGUGUAAAUGUGCAUGGGUGCAUGUUUCUGGAGUUGUCUUGUCUCUUCUGGCUCUGGAGAGUGAUGUGGAUGGGACUGUGAACUUGUAGGGCCAGAUGCUGCGUUUUGUUGGAGAGGUCGACCGUUAGACGAGCAGCCAGUUAGCCGCUGUGUGACAAGACACGACGACGGGUGGCCAGAGACCGCAGGGCUUUGCGCGUAUGUGCGCGCACCCUCUUUCCAAAGCCCUCCCAUUAUCCCUCUCACUCUCCCUCUCUCCCUCGUCAGCGGUUAGGAUCGUGGCCCUGUCUGAAGGGAACGUCUCCUGGGUGUCUCCCGAAAGCAUCUGUUGAAAGAUCACAGCAUAGGCUACAUCUGAAGGGGCCUUCCACUCCUCCACAUACCCCUCUCCCUCCCUCCCUCCCUCCCUCCGUCCUUUACACUUCAACAAGUGUAGAUCUGCCACUUUGGAAGGCCAUUGGUUUGGUUUGUUUCGAGAGAUGCACUUGAAAUACAAUAACAUGCUGCGUGGAAUGUAGGACCUACACGGGUUAUAUCAUCCUCUCUAAAAUGCAGACUCGUGUCUAUUUGUAUUGCCUAAAGGGGACCGUUUGAAAACCUGAAUAUGUAUGUGUGAACUACUGUACGUGGUAUAAUUUACAGUAACUGUGGUGGGUAUAUUGUGUGUGUGGUCUUAUAUCCAAAUAUUCUAAGUUUUAUAACAUUGUUUUGGCUCUGUAUGCAAGCAAACCAAAAUGAUUUAUUUGACGCGACAGGAAGAAAAUGCUAAACAGAAUGUAUCGGACGGGCAUAAAGGAAAAUGGCACUUUCAUUUGCACCCCCCCUUUUCUUUUUUUACUCAACUUACUUCUUUUGGAAUGAUGUACAUAAUAUGCUUGUAAAUGGUCUAAUGUCGGUUGAUGAUCUUGUAUCGGUGUAUGCUUGUCAUUGCUCUCCGAGGUAUUUUCGCCUGCAGUGUUGCCUGUGACAUCAUCUUCACUCUCCUAGUCCUGGCCAAUGGUUGUCGAGGACAAGGACAGAGAUUUGGGUUGGGUGGGGGCAGUAGAGGGAAAGUUAUGAGAAAAUAAUGUGCAUCUAAUACGACCAAUAAAUUCACCAGAUGUAUGUCGAUUAUUUUGGAAAAAACUUGUAAAAGAUUAAAUAUUUUGUAUCAUCUUUGGAGAUUUUUCAUUCAUUGCCAAAAUGGCAUUGAGCUUCACAAAGACAAAUACAUAGCCAGCUACACAAAAGGUUGGUCUGAAGUGCAUACCACCCGGGAGGGCCCUUGAGGCCCCUGUGUGAAUCCUCUGACCGGAUCAUUUAUUAGUCUGGGAGUCCCUCCACUGUCUGAACCUCCUCCAUCUAAACUCCUGUACAAAACUCCUCACAGCCCCAUAAAUGACAACAUGCGUACCCAGCCAGUGGUACUCCCCUCCACAAGAAGAGGUCAGGAAGGAACACUGGGCUAUUAGUCUCUGCUCCUCUGACAAACACACAUCAUCCUCACAUAUGACAUAUCAAGAUGUAAUCGCUAGCUCCCUCUUAACACACACAAUCACACCCUACAGUAUAAGCCCAUCUCUUUAUUGAAGUUCCCCACUCAGGAAAUAGUUUGUGUGGCCAGGCUAAUUUUACAUUGUAUUCUUGAGCACCCAGAGGUGGGCUAGUCUUACUCCUGGUUACCCCCCCCCCCCCCCCUCUUCCAUCUCUGUCCUGUGCCCCCAGCUCAGGACACUACGUGACCAAACAUGGCAGGACCCAUCUGGGCUCAAUAGAUGCUUCCACUGCCAAACAGAAAGAUAGACCUUUGGUGAGUGUGUGUGUGCGUACGUGCCUGUGCUGGUGCAUGUUCCACUGACACGCACCUCAGUUUGUUGCCCUUUCCAUUGGUCUGCAAUCGAAUGCUAAGCAGCAUGGUUUCUCACAACGGUAGAACUACUACUGGAAGCCUCAGUAGGUGAUACUGCAGUGAGUUGUUGCUUAUUUGAAAGACUCCUGACCUGUACCAACCACUAUAAAGAAGUGAACAGCCUUACAGGGUUAGAGGUUACUGUAGCUUCCCCUGCAUGGGAGAAGACUAUUUUGGGUAAGAGCAUGGGUAGCUCUGCCAAUAUUAUGUUGAUCUGAGUCCUGUUGAGUUGUAGUUGAGUUGUUUUGAGAUUCAUUUGUCAUUCCCUGUAACGGAUUAAGCUCUUUAUUAAAGUACUAUUGUUAUUGCUUUAUAGACCCGUCUGUCUCGUGCUGCACGAUCACAUGCACAUGUGACACUUCCAACUACAUUGCAGAUAGAAAUGCCGUGAAUAGAGCCAAUGUAAUUCCCUAUUCUACGUGCCAGAGCGGCAUGUUUGAUCGCCAUAGCCGAUUUCUAUUUGAACGUUCCACAACAUUCAAUUCUUGCAGAAAGUGUCGCUGGCCUGAGUGGCCUUAUUAAAUUGGCAGCAGCUGCACUGCAUUGGGAAUCUCCAUAAACCAUUUCUUUUUGAAGGAAGGACUUUGGUUCAGUUUAAGUUAGAUGUUCUGACAGCUUUGUCAUUAAAAAGUAUUUAUUUUACCUUU